UCAUCUCGCAACAAGUCCAGAAACAUGGCUCGCCUCUUGGUAGUCUGUGUGCUGGCCGUCUCCGUGGCCUGUGCCACGUCUUACCAGUUCAAGAUUAGCAAUGGCCUGUAUGAUGGUGGCAGCUCCUUCGGUGGUAGCGGCUAUGGCAGUGGAAGCUAUGGUGGUUACGGCAUGGGUCUUGGCAGUUACGGCAGCAGCGGCUACGGAGGGUACGGCAGCGGCGGCUAUGGAGGCUUCGGCAGUGGACUCGGUAGCUACGGCAGUGGACUUGGCAGUCUUGGAUUUGGAAGCGGCAGCUACGGCAGCAGUGACCUCAGUGGUCUCGGCUUCGGCAGUGGUAGCUACGGCAGCUAUGGCAGCCUUGGCAGCCUUGGCAGUCUCGGCUAUGGCAGCAGUGGGCUCAGCGGUCUAGGCUUCGGUAGCAGUGGCUAUGGAAUUGGCAGCUAUGGCCGCUACGGCCGUGGACUUGGCAGUCUCAUCUAUGGAAGCAGUGGCCUCAGCGGUCUUGGUCUCGGCAGUGGCAUCUAUGGCAGUUAUGACAACCUUGGCAGUCUCGGCUAUGGUAGCAGUGGGCUCAGCGGUCUUGGCUUUGGUAGCAGUGGCUAUGGAAGUGGUAGCUAUCGCCGCUACGGCCGUGGACUUGGCAGUCUUAACUAUGGAAGCAGCGGCCUCAGUGGUCUUGGCCUCGGAAGUGGCAGUUAUGGCAGCCUCGGCUAUGGCAGCAGCGGGCUCAGUGGUCUUGGCUUCGGUAGCAGCGGCUAUGGAAGUGGUAGCUACGGCAGCUACGGUCGUGGUCUUGGCAGUCUCGGCUAUGGAAGCAGUGGCCUCGGUAGUCUUAGCUUUGGCAGUGGUAGAUACGGAAACCUUGGCAGCUUAGGCUAUGGCAGCAGUGGGCUUGGUGGUCUUGGCAGUCUUGGCUACUUAAGCAGUGGUCUUCGCUAUGGAGGCUAUGGUAGCGGUCUCAGAGGCUACGGAAGCUAUGGUAGCAGUCUUGGAAGCUACGGAGGUUACGGCAGCUAUGGAAGUGGUCUCGGAAGCUACGGCAGUGGCCUUGGAGGAUACGGAGGCUACGGAAGCUAUGGACUUGGAGGCUACGGAGGCUAUGGCAGCGGCCUCCUUGGUGGUCUUGGAUUUGGCAGUGGCCUCUAUGGCAGCAGAGGCUUUGGCGGCCUCGGCUACGGUGGUUACGGCAGCUACGGCAGUGGCUUCGGAAGCCUGCUUGGAGGGUUUGGAGGUCAAGGAAAUCUGUGGGGAGUGAAAUCCAGAUGGUAAACAACGCACUGAAGGAGAUGAGAUGCUUUGAAUGAUGAUCGCAAUUACACAAUAAAAUAACUUUCAUGGUUA